AUGAUCCCUGUCGUCUUCACCUACCUACUCGUUCCAUUCCCAAUCUGGUACGAAUCCAAGCUGCCGCUUUUCGCGCACUGUGUGGUGCAGUUGGCGAUCUCGUACGUCUUCGCCAUGAUCUGCACCCUGGUGGCCGAGUAUCCGGCUCACAACAUAGAGGCCAUCUUGCUGCACCCUCAAGAAAAGAAGACCACGCUCAAGACAGUGCCGACGUCGACUUCAGAGCUUCAACUGAAAGGGGUUCCAAAUUUGUGA